UGACCGUGUGGAAACAUCCUCGCGCGCCGGUGUUUGAGCUGUUGCGGUGGAAACACAUGUGAUGUUGUGUUUUUAUAGACAGGAAAAUCAUGGACCUUGGAAAAGCCAAACUUCUGAGAACAGGAUUAAACACACUCCUCCAGGCCAUUCACCCUGUGCAUGGAAUAGCUUGGACUGAUGGGAGGCAGGUUUGCCUCACUUCUUGCUACUUUGUCAAUGGUGAUCCCAAGUUUGGCGACACCAAUGUCAUUGGACAGUUUGAACAUGUCUUGGGACUUUUCUGGGGACCUCUUUGUUGCUCUGGUUCUCCUGCUCUCCUGGCCGUGCAGCACAAGAAGCACGUCACCGUGUGGCAGCUUCAGCUCAGCGCCCUGGAGCAGAACAAGCUGUUGUGCACUCAGACGUGUGAAAUGAGUGAGCCUUUCCCACUGCUUUCUCAGGGCUGCGUCUGGCAUCCCAAGCUAGACAUCUUGGCCGUCUUGACCAAGCGGGACGCCUCUGUCCUGUUUUCCGUGCGUGUGGAUAACAGGCGAGUAAAGGCAGACAUCCGGGGCAGUGGCCUGAUCCACUGUGCGUGCUGGACUAAAGAUGGAACCAGGUUUGUGGUUGCAAUUGGCAGCGCUCUUCAUUCUUACAUAUGGAAUGACAUCCAGAAAAGCUUGGUGGCCUGCUCCUUUUGCCCCAUUUUUGAUGUUGGGGGCUAUAUCUGCGCGAUCGAGUCUACAGACGAGGCUCAGGUAGCCGUAACCACUGAGCUGCCGCUGGACAAAAUCUGUGGGCUCAAUGCUGGUAUUGCCUUUGACCUGCCGAACGAAUCGGACCAGUCUUCUCAGCAGUCUCCAGUAGUCAUGUUGGAUCAGGAUGUUUCUUUGGACUCCAGGAGAAGGUCAUUUGAUUCAGAGCGCUCACUACCUCUAGGGUUCAUCUCGUCCUCCAGUCCCAUUGACCUUACGAACAUUUUGGCUAAGCACAGGAAGUCAGAUCCCAGCCCCCUCAUUCACUUGAGACGGCGGGAUAAUUUGACUGGAACGGGACAAGACUCCUCUCACUUAAUUUUAGUCAAGUAUGAGCGGAAGGUCACCACCACCAGGAAAGUGAGCAUCCCUGGCAUCCUAGUCCCUGACAUUGUUGCCUUUGAUCCCAGAGGGAGCACAGUAGCAGUGGCUUCCAACACCUGCAACAUGGUGCUGAUCUACUCCAUCAUGGCGUCCUCCAUGCCCAAUGUUCAACAGAUUCAUCUGCAGAAGAAUGAGAGACCAAAAGGGGUGUGUUUCAUCAACAGCAAGAUGAUGCUGCUCAUGGUUGGUCGGCAGCGAUCCAACGACCCCGCCUUCCUUCCAUCUUCAAACACGGACAAAUUUGUCCUUCGGCUUAUGGCUAAAGAACUGUUGUUUGACGAGGACACCACCUCUCCAGUUGUACAGAAGCCUGAGUCUCCCAGUAACUUCCACGGGGUCAGGAGACAUUCAGAGAACGUCUCCAAGGACUUGGCAGUGAGGGAUCUUGUCCUUCCAGGAGGUUCAGUAAUCCACUCCCCAAACAGCAGGAGGAAGCUGAUUGAGGAGUUACGCAGCUCAGAGCCCAGUCCGGUGCCAAGCUCAGUUGACUACUCUGACAGAGCCACGUCUAGCACCUCGUCCAUCACUUUGGAAAACUACGACAUGGAUCACAUCAGCCGCAUGGCCACUCUCGCAGUGGCUGGCCAGGCAAGCCGGGAAUCCAGUCGACCGUGUUCCCCACGGUAUGAGCCUUCAGAAAAGCUGCUCUCUGACCCCCCUAUGUUGCAGAAUAGCUGUUCUUCAAAAGAAAAGAACCUGGAGCAGCUAGCACACAACAUGGAGCGGAUAUUUGCACGAUUUGAUGAGGUGAGGCAGUGCCUGACUGAAAUCAAGGACUAUGCCCAGAAUGGGAGAAAACCCUUCAUCAGCUACCCGGCUGCCUCUGAGCCACAGUACAUCCAUGUUACAUGUCAGAAGCAGCUGUCAGAGAAUGUUUACACAGACGAGAGAAGGCCAGUGCUAUUGUAUGAUGGAAGGCUUAGCCUUCGAGUUGUUCAGGAACUCUUCAGCCUGACUGUUGUGGAGAUGAUGCAUGGACCAAUGUGGAUUAUCCUGGUGGCUGAUGCCGAUGGAUUUGUACCGCUCACCUUCAAGCACAAGGAGGAGAUAACAGUACGGAGCGCAACGAGGAGGUGUCCCUUCAAGCCAUUUAGCUGUACUGAUGACGUGUUUCCUGAAAAUGCACAUCCUCCACACACGGAAUAAUGGAAUGGUGAAUUUGUGUUUUAGCCUCUACAGCACAAAGCUGAGGAAUGAGGAUUUACUGGACAUGUUAAAAAGGCUUACGUUAAAGACAAUGCCUCAUAAUUCCUGUUUACAGGGCACUAGUGGCUUUUCUGUAGUGUUGCCAAUGUAAAUCCCUAUAUUGUAUUUUUUGUAUUUCUGAAAGCAAAUAUUGGAGUGCCUGCUUUAACGGAUUUUUUACUGUUAGCAUGCACCUCAAGACACCUCAACAAGUGUUUUGAAUGAAAUCAUUUAUUUUUGUAGAGAUUUCAAAUGAAUGUAUUUCUAAGGCAUGUGUAUAUAUCUGUAUAUGUAUAUGCACGUAACCCUAUAAAUUAUGUUAUUAAUUUCUAUGUCCUUGAUAGAACUUAGUAGCAUUAGUUUUGGAUAUGGUUACAUUUUCGAAAAUGUAUGAAUCUCUCCGAAUCUCUCCCAACUUCUAUGCACUGUGAACCGACAAAUGAACAGCAACUUCAAUAAGCAUAAUUAAAGUCAAAUUAUUUAUUCUUACAUUA